AUGACACAACAACUGAAGGAUCAGCUAAAGUUUGAUAUAGAAUGGGGACACGAGAGAUUGGUACGGGCUCAGCAAACGGUAGAAGUUCGACCGUUCGAUGUCGAAUCAUGGUCACUGCUGGUUCGUGAGGGGCAAAGCCGGCAAGUUAAUGAGGUACGAUCAUUAUACGAGUCACUGGUCAGCGUGUUCCCGACGACGGCCCGAUACUGGAAGGUGUACAUCGAGCAAGAAAUGAAGUAUCGCAACUACGAGCGCGUUGAGAAACUGUUUCAACGCUGUUUGGUGAAAAUUCUAAACAUAGAUCUGUGGAAGCUAUACCUAACGUACGUGAAGGAAACGAAGGCCGGCCUCAGUACGCACAAAGAAAAAAUGGCACAGGCGUACGACUUUGCGCUGGAAAAGAUCGGCAUGGAUCUGCAUUCGUUCUCCAUCUGGACUGACUACAUAACGUUCCUGAAGAGUGUGGAAGCGGUGGGCAGCUAUGCGGAGAAUCAGAAGAUAACUGCCGUUCGGAAGGUGUACCAGCGUGCGGUCAUAACACCCAUCAUUGGCAUAGAGCACCUGUGGAAGGAUUACAUCGCGUUUGAACAGAACAUCAAUCCGAUCAUAUCGGAAAAAAUGAGCGUGGAACGUUCGCGAGAUUACAUGAAUGCGCGACGUGUUGCGAAAGAGCUGGAAAUUGUUACGAAGGGACUGAUCCGCAACCUGCCGGCCGUACCGCCGACAGUGACAAAGGAGGAAAUUAAGCAGGUGGAACUUUGGAAAAAGUACAUUGCGUUCGAGAAGUCAAAUCCGCUGCGCAGUGAAGAUAAUGCGCUCGUAACACGUCGCGUGAUGUUUGCUAUUGAGCAGUGCCUGCUAGUGCUCACACAUCAUCCUGCGGUCUGGCAUCAGGCGGCCCAGUAUCUGGAUCAAAGCUCGAAACUGCUCGUCGAAAAAGGGGAUCUCAAUGCGGCCAAGGUAUUCAGUGACGAAGCGGCAAAUAUUCUUGAGCGUGCUAUUAACUCGGUGUUGAGUAGAAACGCGUUGCUGUACUUUGCGUAUGCCGAUUUCGAAGAGGGGCGCAUGAAGUAUGAUAAAGUACACCAAAUGUACAACAAAUUUCUUGCGAUCAACGACAUCGAUCCAACGCUGGCUUACAUUCAGUAUAUGAAGUUUGCUCGUCGGGCAGAAGGAAUAAAAUCGGCCAGAGCCGUGUUCAAGAAGGCACGCGAAGAUCCCCGGUCCACCUACCAUGUUUUUGUUGCUGCCGCGCUCAUGGAGUACUACUGCAGCAAAGACAAAGAUAUUGCUUUCCGUAUAUUUGAGCUCGGUUUGAAACGGUUCGGCGGAAGUCCUGAAUACGUCAUGUGUUAUAUAGACUAUUUGUCACAUUUAAAUGAGGAUAACAAUACACGUGUGCUGUUUGAAAGGGUGCUAUCGUCCGGUGGACUAACCCCACAGCUGUCCGUUGAAGUGUGGAACCGUUUUCUUGAAUUUGAGUCUAACAUUGGCGAUCUGUCAAGUAUUGUGAAAGUUGAACGUCGCCGCAGUGCCGUGCUGGAGAAGCUUAAAGAGUUCGAGGGCAAGGAAACGGCCCAGCUCGUCGAUCGGUACAAGUUCCUCGAUCUCUAUCCGUGUUCACCAUCCGAGCUGAAAUCGAUUGGGUACAGCGAAACGCGAGGGAUGCUUAGUGUAACCGGUGUCAAACCACCAGCCGCUCCCGUGCCAGAGCAACCGGAACAGCCACAGAAAACGGCACGGCACGAUUUCACCCAGAUGAUACCGUACAAACCGAAACCGAAUGCAUUUCCGGGCGAACAUCCGAUGCCGGGCGGUACGUUCCCGCAGCCGGCUGCAUUGGCCGCAUUGUGUGCCAUUUUGCCGCCACCGAUAAGCUUCCAGGGUCCGUUCGUAGCCGUCGAUAAGCUAAUAGAGGUGUUCAAUCGUAUACAGCUUCCUGAGGUUCCUCCACCCCCUAGCGAUGGCACUGCUGAUUCGAGAUUAUUUGAGCUAGCCAAAUCUGUGCACUGGAUCGUAGACGACAGUACCUACGCGGGUGAAGGUGGCCUGAAGCGACGUCGCAUGGCGCCGGGUGGCGAGGACAGUGACGAUGAGGCGGUGGCACCAGCACCACCAGCUAACGACAUUUAUCGACUAAGGCAGCAGAAACGUUUCAAGUGA